UGAACUCAAGAUUAGCGUUCAUACAUUCCCAGGAGCGUGUGUGACUGGUGUGACUGCACAAGAAACUUCGUAACGGCACGAAGUGGCAAGAAGUCUUCGUCGCGCGCGCAGGCAGGCACCAGUCUAAAUCUAUCCAAAGAAUCGUACUACGGUUCUUCAGUGUUCAACAAGCUGGCGAUCGACGUGCAGUAGAAGAAGAGGUGUGCCGUAGUAAACCAUCUUACAUAGUUCUGUGUUCAACAUUGGAAUUGGCCAACGUGUAUAGACACUGUGGAUUCUCCGAGCCUCGUUAAAAUACCUUGAAAUUGAAUAUUUAACUUUCCACUCGUUCAUCCACUCUCGAACAUUGACAGAGAGUUACCAGGAUGGCGGAAGCCCAUUCAGCUGUCGCUUUUAGCUUCUCUAUCACCCACGAAGGUUGGGAUGUCAAUUUUGACAGAGAAGUCCUUCACCUUGUGUGGCAGUCUGGCGUUCGUUCCUGGAAAAAAAGAUUUUUCAGAUUUCAGAAUAAUUUGAAAACUGGAGUGUACCCUGCUUCGUUGCACAGUCUGUGGCUGACCGUAGCAGUUGUCACAGCAGUACAUUUUGUAGGAUACAAAGUACCUUAUGAUCUUGUUGGCAGAGUGGCUCCUUAUCUUCCUGGGUCUUCCAUAACGGCGCAUCUCGUAGGAUCAUUUUUAGUCGCAGUCAUACUAUGGCUAUUAGUGAUAUAUGCAAUUCGGUAUACUUUAAAGCUACUGCUCAUGUACAAAGGAUGGAUGUAUGAAGCCAGAGGUAAAGGUAGCAGAGUUAGCAUCACCACAAAAAUAUGGGCAACCAUGGUGAAGCUACUUUCUGGUUGGAACAAACCAAUGCUUUACAGCUUCCAGGGUUCCUUGCCAAGGCUACCACUGCCAUCUGUACAAGAUACUAUGGAUCGGUACUUACGCAGCGUACGACCAUUGUUGGAUGAUGAAAAUUACACUCGUAUGGAACGUCUAGCUAAAGAAUUUGAAGCAGGUAUUGGCGUGAAGCUUCAACGUUACUUGAUCCUGAAGUCCUGGUGGGCUACAAAUUACGUGUCUGAUUGGUGGGAAGAAUAUGUUUACCUUCGCGGAAGAUCGCCGUUAAUGGUGAACUCAAAUUUCUAUGGAAUUGAUGCCAUCCUCUUAUAUCCCACAAAAAUCCAAGCAUCACGAGCAGCUAAUACUAUUCAUGCAAUUCUGCAGUACAGACGUCUUAUUGAACGACAAGAAUUGGAACCAAUUUUACUCCAAGGACUCGUUCCGCUGUGUUCCUGGCAAUAUGAGAGAUUAUUCAAUACGACCAGGAUACCUGGAAUCGAAACUGAUAAAAUUGUUCACUAUCAAGAUUCAAAGCAUAUUGUAGUAUAUCACAAGGGAAGAUACUUCAAAGUUUUGAUCUAUUAUAAAAACAGAAUUCUACUACCCUGUGAAAUUGAAAUUCAAAUUCAACAAAUCUUGGAGGACAAGUCUAGUCCAGUCGAAGGAGAAGAAAAACUUGCUGCACUGACUGCUGGGGAAAGAACGACCUGGGCACGAACAAGGGGAACACAUUUUGCAAAAGGAGUAAAUAAAGCAUCCUUGGAUCUUAUUGAAAAAGCAGCUUUUGUUGUCGCCUUGGAUGAUGUACCAUACGAAUUCGAUCAGGCUCAUCCAGAAAAACUGGACAGGUACGGUCGUAUUUUACUCCAUGGAAAAGGAUACGACAGGUGGUUCGACAAAUCUUUUACUUUGUGCAUCGGAACAAAUGGCAGAAUUGGUUUUAACGCGGAACACUCGUGGGCAGAUGCUGCAGUGAUGUCGCACAUGUGGGAGUACGUGCUUUCCGAGGAAACCAUCAGCGUAGAGGCCGAUGCACCCGUGAUGGGGCACCUAUGGGAAUACGUUCUUGGCACUGAGGUGGAGACUGGAUACAAGGAAGAUGGUCAUACCCUGGGUACACCUGAAUUUUCACCACCUUCUCCUACACGUCUUCAAUGGGAUCUCAGUUCCAAGUGCAUCGAGGUUAUCGAGCAAUCCUAUGCGGUUGCUGAAAAACUGUUAAACGACGUCGACCUGCGCAUCUAUGUGCACAACGCUUACGGGAAAGGUUUCAUGAAGGAGAGUUGCAUGUCACCGGAUGCUUAUAUUCAACUGGCCUUGCAACUCGCUUACUUCCGGGACGCCGGCCACUUCAGUCUGACUUAUGAAGCUUCAAUGACAAGACUCUUCCGUGAGGGUAGAACGGAAACGGUACGACCUUGUACCAUUGAAUCUGCAGCAUGGGUCAAGGCAAUGGAGGAUAAAUCAUCGACGGUAAAUGAGAGGCAUAGAUUAAUAAUGGCAGCUGCCAAGCAGCAUCAAAGAGGUUAUCAAGACGCCAUGUGCGGCAUGGGCAUUGACAGGCAUCUUUUCUGUCUGUAUGUUGUCUCAAAAUAUUUGGAGGUCGAUUCUCCAUUUUUGAAAGAAGUUCUGAGCGAGCCGUGGAAACUUUCGACGUCGCAAACCCCGCAUGGACAAACUUCACGGCUUGAUCUGAAGAAAUAUCCCAACUGUAUUUCGGCGGGGGGUGGUUUUGGUCCGGUAGCCGACGAUGGUUAUGGUGUCUCAUAUAUCAUAGCUGGAGAAGAUCUGAUCUUCUUUCAUAUUUCCAGCAAGCAGAGCUCCCCACAGACGAACUCUGCGAGAUUUGCGAAGCACAUAGAGAAAGCGCUGGCCGACAUGAGGGAACUUUUCAUCGAGAAGAAGUUGCAGCAGCAAAGAAAUGGAUCUACUUAAAAAUUUUGACUGCAAACACACACGCCUCUUGGCUAUGACUUAGGUAAUGUCGAAGAAGCAGAAUUUAUGUUUAACAACGAAAAAAGCCUCUUCGUGAGUCACGAGUAUAUAAGGGGUGAUAUAUUUGAUUCUGUAAAUAUACAUAGUUUAUUGCCGCCGCGAUCAUUUUGUAGACAUCUGUUAAGUAGGAAAUAUAAAACAUAAAGAAAUGUGAAACGCAAAUUGGAAGCGUGUCAGGCGCGAACUUACACUCGACUGUACGAGGGAAUUAAAUUCGAUGAUUGUGUAUUCCUUAUGUGGCAAUUUCUUUGUCGCGGCGAUUCACAUGCAGUCUUAUUGUUUUUAACCGUAGAUGACUUACUGGUAUCAAUUAAUAAUAGUAGAAAUGAAAUUUUCGAAACACAUGUAAUAAGUACGUGCUGUUUUAUACAGCUUCCGUAUGACGUCAGGCUACGUUUCAAUGCCUGGAUGUGUAUUUUUCAUAGUAUUUUUAAUACCAGCGAGCGUUAGUAGGAUCUUUUUUUAGUUUAAAUCACUUUAUAUUAUAUUGAAACAAAUACAAUCAAUAUUUUUUCUAAACGUAUUGCAAAAAUUACGAAGUCCGUCGUACAUCUACGUGAAUGUUUCAUUGUUAUGUUCGAUUGUUCGCUACAAAUCUUCUAGGACACAACCGACCCCAUGUGGUGGUUAGCACGACUGUGUCUUAUUACCCUAAUGAUUAAUCAAUUUGUUAAAGCAGAUUUCAGUGAUACAAUCUGAUAUUGUGUUAUUUGACAAAUUGAAUUCGAUUGUUACCUUUGCACUAAUUUCAUUGUUUAUCUGCGCUUCUGAAAGACGAUGAUGAAAAACUGCGAUUAAAUUUAGCGUGGUGGGGAUGAAAAUAUUGUAGAUUGAGUGGAGAUAGAUAUAAACAAUGUUUUCCAAGAGGUAGGUAAGCGUGACUAAAGUUUUACAUACUAAGGUUGAAGUCUUACUGAUAACUUUAGUAAGUGAAAUAGUAAAUACUCAUUUACACUACAUAUUGAUAAACAUCACGUCAAAUAAGAACGCAGAUACCCAGGACUGUUAUAAGUUUAAAAACAAUUUAUUAGACAUUUGAUAUAUUUGAACGCCAAUGAUAAAUUAUUUGUAUUAAUGGAUGUUCUACCGUGAUGUGGACGGUAAUAUAUUAGACACCGUAAUUCCUGAAGAUCAUUAAGAUACAAAACUUUUAAUGAAAUGUGAUCGCGUUAAUAUUGUUUAUACAGAAUUAUUGAAUAAUGCCAUAAACCUAAUAUGUGCAACCUAUCAAUGCAAACUGUUUUAAUACUAUAAAUAGUUUUAUACAAUGGGAGUUUAUGCGACUACAGUCUCUAUAAUAUAUUUGUUAAAAGUACAUUUAAUGGUAUUGGUGCUUUUAAAACCAACUAAUGUUUAUGGUGGUGUUAUUGUUAUUUUUAUUUAUUUCUAUAGGUAACGUAGUGGAGUUGUAGCAACCAACCAUUACGUGUAAGAAAUAAUCGCGUCUAUUUGAUUUUAUCCUCUUAAUUGUAAAUACCAUACAUCUAUAUUGUGUUUUCAAUAAGAAUUUUCAUUAUUUUAAAAAAGAGACAGGAGGAAAACAAGAAUACACCACUUGAACAACCAAA